ACUGUUAUCCAUUUGGGCAAUACAAUAUUGUAUACAGCUGCGUCUCUCCUCGCACGAAAGGAUUAGGUGCAAGCCGAGCAAGCCUCGCUUUCAAUUAGACACCAGUCAGGACGUUCUUGAGCCAAAGCUCCUUGUCAUCCACCUCCUAACCGGCGGGCCGGACGGUAACACUCGACCAUGGGCACUCGUGAGGACCCCUCAACCCGAAUGCUGCGCUCGGGCUUCGGGAGACAAGUGAAGAGCCAGAAUGAAACGCUACCGGAGUGGGGCUUUGGCACGCAGCAUCGGGAUACAACGAAUAAGCUCUAUCUCUCAAAAGAACAAACCAAGGCACUUCCCGGCAGCAACUCGCAAGGCCCGGUGUACAAGACCUAUUCGGCUAUAGGUCCUCAGCCGGAAUCCAAGUAUUUUUCAUCGAGCGCACCCGGCUUUGGAUCAUCAGACCGCACGAAAGCUGCACGAAACCGGGCGCCAGGGCCAGGCGCGUAUGAGGUGGAGCCUGGACUGGGCAUCAUGAAGGAGUCCAAACGCUCCACCUCCCCUCGGGCUGUCUUUGGAAGCGCAACGCGGGACCAACAAAGCAAGGUAUGGCUUGAUGAGGAGCUCAUGAAGACAGUGGGCGGCCGUGAGUCGCCAGGACCCAACGUCUACAAGCAGCCAGGCGCCAUUGGCCGCAUGGUCGACUCGAAGCACACGACAGCGCCAACGUGGCGCCAGGGCACGGAGGGGCGCUUCAAGGACCGCUCGCCAUCACGUGACGUGCCAGGUGCAGGGACCUACAAGACGUACGGAGCAAUUGGGACGCAAACGUUGAGCCAGAAGAAGACACUACCAUCACCCAAGAUCGGGACGGGUCAGCGAGACGCAUUCAAGAAGAUCUUCAUUUCCAAGGAGCACGAGAAGAGCGGCUUUGGCGAGAACUCGCCAGGACCUGUAACGUCGCAGUUCGUAUCCAGCAUCGGCGCACAACGGUUGUCUGUUAAGACGAGCGCGCCUAGCUGGGGGUUCGGGACGCAAAAGAGGGGCAAGAACACAAACAGCGAAACACCGGGCCCGGGCUCCUACUUCGCGUAAGGAAGCAGCGUCGCUUUUGCGCCGCAUUGUCCAAGCGGCGGCUGCGGAGGCGUCUUGCAUGGCGUUAUGUGCGCAGGCAGCAGCGACGCUUGCUUUGUCUGCAGGCGCUUAGCUUCUUUCGCAGCAGCAAGUGACCAGUGAACCGGGCGACGUGGACUGGGCGCUUGCGGGACUGGGCUGUGAAGAUGUCGCCUUCACUCCCAUGCCUGGUGGAUCAUAGCGGCAUUGCUGGAGUGGGAGGCAAAGGCAACCCAUUUGUGUCCUUCGCGGAACCCCAGACGUGCCGACUGCGUUUACCACUCUUUUUGUACUUGACGACUGGCUGGGCAAGGGUUUGCGGCGCAUUUGGCUAACCUGGGGAUGCGCUAACGAACAAGACAUUGAAAGAACCGCAUUGGUCCUUUACCCUUAACGGUCUUCCAUCCAGAGAAAUGGGUUUAAAUCGGGCGUAUCGUGCCGUUGUUGUGGCAGUGGAAGUUGCGCCCCUUAUACGCAUGGGGAUUAGGUAAACGCAUGGGGGCAUGGGGGUUGCCGCUUUGGGUUAGCGCUGUGGAAGCCGCCAUAGGGCCUUGGGGAAGGUAGUAUUGUCUGGCGAGAUGGGCCUUAGUACCGUGGUGUGCAGUGCUUGGGGCUUGAGCUGGGUCCCUUUCUAUCUCGAGCAUGGGCAGGUGGAGUAGAAAUGCAUGUGAUGCUGGAUUGAAAGCCAAGGUGUAAAAGUAAACUUGCGGGUGAAAAGCAUAGUGUGCAGGCUUUGGCGCACGGUUGGCGCCUGUAACCUUCUGGCUCGCGGCUGGAGAGGUGACGGGUUGAGAGGAGCAGGGUUGAGCCCUACAUGCAGUGCCAAGGGUUUUGCGGACCUGUCGGCAACGGUGUGUGCUGGGGGUGCUCUUAUGGCCUUUCGUUGGAUAUCCAUCGGACCCGGAGCCGACGGCGUCCUGUCCGUGUCAAUGUGCGGGUACCUGGUUUCCACGAUACCUGUGAUGCGAGCGGCACGGAAAAUGUUCCUUGCAAUGGUUCGGGUGUCGUUUCGGUAGCCAAACGGGUGCUUGGACCCAAGGGUAAUCGCUGCAUUUAUUCACUUCUGACUGUUAUGCCUAGUGCUCUGCGUUGGCAUAUGACUUGUGGGGCCUUCUUGUACUGAUAGACGCCAAUUGCAUAGGAAGGCGAGGGACCUGGGAAGCUCCCCAGGUCGUCCUAGAAAAGGCGUCAUGGCCAAGUGGCAGACUGGCGCUGAUCAUGUCAUGAUGGCUGAGUCGCUGCAGAACAAUAACGCCGAACGUCAUUGUCCUGGGCUUUAGACAUAACGACUUGCAGAUUGUGACCUACGACAGUGCAUUCUGACUGUUUCCUCUUGUUACUUCGAGCCGGACUUCCAAUGUCCUGAACACGAUGUAAUGCAAGUACUGUAGUGCUGUACUGUAAUGCAAGUACCACA